CUUCGAACCUGAGCACAAAGAAAAAAACAACAGCUGUCUCCUUAUUCUCCUAGUCCUCGCAUUCAUCCUCGCCAUGAGUCUUGAGCAGAUCGGCAAGCGUGCAGGGCGAAUGCUCGCCAACAGGAUGCGAGAAUAUCUUACCGAGGCCAAUAAUGCUCCAGUCCAACCUCCAAAGCAAUCCUUCCCCUCACAGACUGCUGAACACCAAGCCAUGGUUGCCUCUCAGUACCCAGGAAAUCAGCAGCCGCAGGGCCACUUUCCCUCACAGCAGUAAAUACUCACGCCUACUCUGGUCCUUGGCGUUCGUCGAAAAAAGAUGGUCAUUGUUGCUGACUCUGUCGUAAUUGUUUCAAAA